UACUAGUUGAUUUAAACUAUACAGCGUGUUAUGAAGAACACUGGAUACUGGGAUUUGGCCAACACCAGCCAUACCCAUCGCAUAGUGCUGGUUGCCCCCAUUCAGAAUCCAGCUGAUCAGGUAGAAGAGUGUCCAGAAGAAGGCAGGUCCCUCUACAGCCUCUCCCUGACAGAAUCAGAAGUUGGUCAAUCAAACUCCUGUAACCUUCUGUCUCUUGGUGAUGAUGGUUCUUUUGGCGGGGACCUUUUUGAUAACCUCUCUGCUGAAGAUGUAAUCAUACUUCCUGAUGAACCAAUGAGGCAGAGGUCCACAGUGUACCCUGACAUCACCACACCUCCCACUGAGUGGGACAGUCGCUACCUGGACCAGGGUGAGCAGAGCCUCCAAGACUUCAGCAAGGAGGGCGGUUGUCUGCAGAAGACCACCAAAUACCAGACAGGUGGAUUUCUGCAAGCCUUGAAGGAGAAGUGUUUGUUCUCUGGGAGAAAGCAAGCCAUUGAGUUGGAGGAGAGGCCUCAGACAACAAUUGGUAAUGUGAGAAGCCUGGAGGCCCACCAGUUUCAUGGGGAGAUGUUCUGUCAGGUCAAGCGGAGCCAUAGAUUUCCUGCUUUGGAUAAACUGGCUGAGGACAAAUUCCAUAGGUUGGGCAGUGUCCAGUGCUAUAGCACUACAUGCUGGCAUGAGGACAGCCCCUUGUCUGACAGUGAAGAUGAGUGGCAGCAUUCUGAUUGGUUGGGUGAAACCACUUCUGUUCAGACCUGGUCUUCUUAUGACGUAUCCACUGCCUCUCCCAGUCCUGGAGCUCCCCACCUGACUCCCAUCCCUAAUGGUCAUCAAAUGACAGAUGACACAAGGUCUUUGGCCCCUCCGAGCCCCGACUGGCCACUGUUCAUGACCUGGGAUCCCCGUUCUCCAUUAGCUGGCAGAUCACUGAUGUCUUUGGAAGACAUCAGUGAUCUUGUGGUCCCAUUUUCUGGAGAGGAUAACAAAUCCCUGUUCUCUGCCAACCCUUUUGGGGACUCCUAUCUGAAGCCUACCAUUGACACAUUUCUGAACAAUCAAGCCCAUGGACGGGACAUGGCAACCACACAGGAAGAGAAAGGCAACAAGGAAGUGAAACAAGGCAUUUCCAGCCAGCAGGAGAGUGAGGGUAGUGAGAUUCUGGUUGCUCAGAAGAAAGGCAAAAAGAGUCUGAGGAAGAGUCCCUCAUCUCCACAGUCCUGCUUCCCUGCCCUGGACCUCCCCUUUACUGCUUCCUUGGAUUCAGUUCCAGACUUGCUUGCCCAGCCCCUGCUCUCAUGCUCCACCUUAGUCUCAGUUCCUGGUUCUCUGCUACCCACCCAAGCUUCCUCUGGCCUGCACCUCACCUCCUCCCCUGCCUUCUAA